AGGAGCUAGUAUGCAAGAUGGUGGCUACCAGGAGAGGAGUACGCGUGUACUCCCCUAGUAAAACAAACCCAGACCAGUCCUCAGAUGUCCCGGCCACCCCUUCUACUGGUAGAAGAACCAGGAGCACUGCUAAACAAGCAGAGAGCCCCACCCAGCAUGUCCUGGUGGAGACCAGCAGCCAGCUUGACAAAACUGAGGGAGGACAUCAGGCAUCCCCACCUACCUCCCUAGUAAAAAGAUGUACCAGAGCUUCCAGACUCCACAGUCCAGAGCAGCCAUCCACACCUGUGGGCUCCACCCACGAAGCAGACAUAUCAGAUGUGGAGUCCUGUUGCUCUGUGGUGUCCGACAGCAUGCCACCAAUGACAGGCACCAGGAGGAGGAGGAGACAGCCCCGCACAGCAAGUAAGGAAGAUGAGGAGAUAUCUGAGGUGGAAUCGUGCUCUUCUGCAGUAUCUGCAUCCAAAGCUGGCCGAAGUAGCCGCCGGAGCACGAGGAGGAAGACGAUUCCUAAAAGCUCUGAUCCAACUCAUGCCGAGGCGGGCAACGUCAAGUUGGACUUGGUGCUGGAGGCCGAAUCCUGCAGCUCUGUGGUGUCCGAACCCCAGAGAGUCACCAGAAGUCAGAGAAAAACUGCUCGCACCAGAUCAUCUGCCACACAACAAACUGAGGACUCAGAGCUCUCAGAUGCUGACAGCUGCAUGUCCAGCGUUUCCGGGGCUGCAGUUGCGAGGUCCACCACCCACAGAGCUACGAGAUCCAGAAGGCAAACAAGUGCCAUCCCCAUUCACCUAGAUGAAGCCUCAGAAGGCUCUCUGUCCCCUGCCCCAACUGCUCGAAGGAGCCGUGCUGCAAGAGGAAAGGCAGCAGCUGCUGUAGAUGUCAGUGAGCCACACUCUUGUGACUCUGAAGGGUUUGAGUCCGGGCCCACUUAUAGUAUGAUGACUCGCAGACGGGGUAGGACCCAAUCCACAGGUCCUAAAGCCGCGGACUCGGACUCUGAGCUGACCGACGUGCAUUCCCCGAUGGGCAGCCCCUGCUCUGCCCGCAGCAGAGGGACUCCCUGCAGCAGCCGCACAGGCUCAGGGAACAGCGGACGAGGUGCUCCGGCCUCCAGGCGCUCAGUCAAGGAUCUUAAUGUCGUUCUAGAAAAAGCCGCAGAGCCAUCUGAAGAGGACUCUUCAUUAAAUGAUUCUCGGUUAGAAAAUACAGUGAUUGCUGAGGACGCAGACUGCACACUGCUGGAGGAAGACAAGAAUCAAACACUGGAAGAAAAAGAGAAUGAAAGCAUGAGCAGGUCUGGUCUCACAUCAAAUGAGGCAGACGCAGUAAGAGUGGAAAAGGGUGUAAUUGUCAUUUCAGAAGAAGACUCCCAUGUGUCUCUCUCUGUAUCAAAUAGCCCUGCUUGUGCUGAAGAAGCCGCUAGUGAACCUGUAGUGACCGUCAGACGCCAGCAGGAGGAGCCGUGUGAUAAAAAUAAGUACGGGGGCUCCUCAGAGAUGGAAAUGAUGCAGGAAACAGCCCCCUCAUCAGAGCUGUUAAAGCCUUACCAAUCAGUUCCAGUGACAUUAUGUGAGAGGACUAAUGAAAUCACAGAGGUGGCUGAAGAGAAGCACGAAGCUAUGGAAGUAGCUCACGUGGACGCCCACUCAUCACAGGGAGAUGAGGCUGUGCAUGAGGAUGCUGCUGUGGAAGCCCGGCCUAGCGAGGAGGAGAAAAUGGAAGUCAGCACAUUGAAUGGAGAUGCUCAGCAGGUGGUUGACUCCAGCGAGGUCCAAGUUGAGCCCAUACAGGUAACAUCCAGCCAGCAGCACAAUAUCACAGUGGAUUCUGGCUCUGAACAGCCCCCCAAACAUGUUAUUGUACAGAAAACAAAAAUAAUUAGCCUGCUCGAGAGCAGCGAGGAUGAAGAUGCUGAAGAGGAGGAGGAGGAGGAGGAGGAGGAGAGGGAAGUUUCUGAAGAAGAGUAUUUGGGGCACAUGGCGGAGGGGAGAGGAGGACCCUCCAGUAAGUCGGAAGCAGCAGGUGCAUCAGUUGAUGGGCUGUUUAUGAUCGACACACGGCCCGGACAGGAGGCUGAUGAAGACUACUACAGGAGGAGGCCAGCGGAGGAGGAGAAGGCCACAAAUGAAAAGCAGGAGGACCAAGAUGAGGAGUUUGUGGAUGAGGAGGGGGAUGACGACGAUGAUGAAGAUGCAAAUAUCCUGUUCUGGAGUAGAAAUCCUGACUUGAAAGAGAUGUCCAGCCGUAUUGACCCCGGCAUCAGAGUGAAGGAGCUCGGGGGUUUAUACAUCAAUUUUGAUGGCAGCAAAUCAAAACCUGUCUCCAGUUCGCUGCAAAAACUAAAGGAAAAGAAGAUCCAAGACGAGAUGAUGAAGAAGAGUGUAAUUGGACCAGACUUUGAAAAGAAGGAUGCAGUGCCUCCGUACAGUGAAUCCAAACAAGCCUUAAAGUUGAAACACAGAGUGGAGAGGCAGAAAUCCACAGGGGAUGGGUGGUUUAAUAUGAAAGCCCCCGAGAUCUCUCAGGAGCUGAAAGGAGACCUCCAAGUCCUGAAGAUGAGAGGCUCGAUGGAUCCCAAGAGGUUCUACAAGAAGAACGACAGAGAUGGCUUUCCCAAAUAUUUUCAGGUUGGUACAGUGGUGGACAACCCAGCUGACUUCUAUCAUUCCCGCAUUCCCAAGAAGGACCGGAAGAGAACCAUGGUGGAGGAGCUGCUGGCUGAUGCUGAGUUCAGGCACAACAACAAGAAGAAGUACCAGCACAUCCUGGCAGAGAAAGCAGCACAAGGAGCUGGUAAGAGGAACAAGAAGAAAUUCCAGAAGAAGUAAAUCUGAAGACUUGAAAAACACUGAGUGGCUUUUCAAUACUGAUAUCAUCAACAGCAUACAUCAUAUGGUGGGACUAAUGUCACCUCUAAAGAUGGAUUGAGUUUACUUGUCUUUACAUGGAGAAGCGACUGUAUAAAAAAAGACGAUACAAGUGAAGUUGAUUCAGUAAUCAAGUCAUUACUUUGUACAGUUACCACAAAUAAUGUGUACAUGCUUAUAUUAACAACUGAAACAUUUAUUUUUAACCAAAUGGAUCUGUAUUUUCCAAACAUUUUGCUCCACAGUAAUCAUAGUCAAUAUAAAAAUACAUGCAUCAAAUGAACAUUAAAAUACUCUCUUGACUGGCACCAAUGUGUGUAAAAGUUCUCUUUAACAUAUCACAUUCUGGAAAUAUGGCUUGUGCUAUGGGAUGAAAUGCCACCAUAAUUACUGUCAUUUGUGAUGAAAACAGAACCGAAACAAGUGUUUUUAUAGCAUGCUGCAUACAGUCAAAUGUUAAGGUUACAUAUAUAUAUCACUUUGUUGUUAAAAAAAGACCUUUUGAAACAUCCGAGUGAGAACCAAAAUAAAACACGAAAGACAAAUUUUCUCAGUCACAUCAAUAAUUGAUGAUACCUCUAUAAACUAGACAUGAUUUGUAAUUUAAUACUGUUAUUCAAAUUAGAUUUUUUUUUGUAUAUGAAUUUUCAAAUCGACGGCUUUCUGAACCGGAAAAUGCAAACUGGACGUGUGGAAGUUCAUUUUGUUG